CUGGGAAGCGAGCGGAAGGGAUGCUCCUCUAGGAGAGGUCGGGAAGAGGAAGGGACGCUCCCAAGAGAAGCGCUUGGGCAGGAGUGCAAGAACGGGGAGCGCUGGCGAGCAUCCAGCUUGUUGGAGGCACCGGUCGAGGGUCACGGUCUGGGGGACAAAGAGGCAGCGGGUGCGCAGCGAGGGGACCUGGCACCGGCCCGUGAAAAUGGUCUUUGUCCAACUUUGCGGAGGGCGGUCGGCACGGCUCCAGCGGGAAGGGCUCCUGCGAAAGUAAAUGCUGGGAAGUGAAGGGUGGAAUUCUGUAAAAGAAAGGUACCGUGGCGGGCAAGCGAGCCGGAGGGAAAGGGGAUUGUGAGCCCGGCCGAAGAGAUCGGAGGAAAAGCGCCAUGGUCGAGGAUCCCCCCGUGUGCCUGCCGCUGGGGGGAGGACACGGAACGAACGAGCACCGCUUCUGAAAGGGAUUAAAACUCCUAAGAUUGUGGGUUUGGUUUGGCUUUUUUUUUUUUCCCCCUCGUUUCCCGGUGUCUUUUGUUUAAAGGCUGUGUUACUGGCACUCGGGAGUGCCCAGAAAGACCCUCUUCCGAGCGCACGUCUUCUGUCAGAUGCCAUGGGGCAAGGAGAGAAAAGCUGUAUGGCAGCGUGUCACGGUUUCUCUGCUUACAGAAGAACCAGUAUUUCUAUGUGAAGGCCUCUGUGGUUUAAUUUGGGAAGUUAUUAAAACACUCCAAGAUAUCUCUGACAAUUUCAAGGGAGUGGUGUGUGGUUUUUGGAGAUGGUAUCUGCAGAGAAUAUUCAUGGAUUCUAAUGCUGGCAUCAGUGCAAGAAGAGUGGCGGGAAUGGGUCGGCUCUGGAUGUUCUGCUUCUUUCAUCUAGUCACCUCACUAGAAGAAAUACUUCUGGAUACAACUGGAGAGAUGUCAGAGAUUGGCUGGACCACCCAUCCUUCUGAUGGGUGGGAUGAGGUAAGUGUCCUGGAUGACAAGAAGCGUCUGAUCCGAACCUUUGAAGUCUGUAACGUGGCUGAACCAGGUCAGAAUAAUUGGUUGCGUACUCACUUCAUAGAGCGACGCGGAGCUCACCGAGUCCAUGUCCGUCUCCAUUUCUCAGUGAGAGACUGUGCCAGCAUGCGGAUUGUGGCCUCUUCUUGCAAGGAAACUUUCACAGUCUACUACCAUCAGUCAGAGGCUGACACAGGCUCUCAGGAGCUACCAGAAUGGCGUGAGGGCCCCUGGACCAAAGUGGAUACUAUUGCAGCUGAUGAAAGCUUUUCCCAGGUGGACAGCACUGGGAAGGUGGUAAAGAUGAAUGUUAAAGUACGUAGCUUUGGGCCACUCACCAAGCGUGGCUUCUACCUAGCCUUCCAGGACUCAGGAGCCUGCAUGUCCCUGGUGGCAGUCCAAGUGUUUUUCUACAAGUGCCCGGCUGUGGUGAAAGGAUUUGCCUCCUUCCCUGAAACUUUUGCUGGAGGUGAGAGGACUUCACUGGUAGAGUCACCAGGAACGUGUGUACCAAAUGCUGAAGAGACAAGCAUGACUGGGUCUUCAGGUGUUCGGUUGCACUGCAAUGGAGAAGGGGAGUGGAUGGUGGCCAUUGGACGAUGCAACUGCAAGGCUGGCUACCAGCCUGUUGAUGGUGAACAAGCCUGCCAAGCCUGUCCCCUUGGUUUCUUUAAAGUAUCUGUGGGAGAUGACCUCUGCCAUCCUUGCCCUGCCCACAGCCACACUCUGUUGCCAGGUUCCAGUGAAUGUGUGUGUGAGAACCGCUACUAUCGAUCUGCUUCGGACAAUGCUGAUGCUCCCUGCACUGGCAUUCCCUCUGCUCCUCGCGACCUUAGCUAUGAAAUUGUUGGUUCCAACGUGCUCCUGACCUGGCGCCUCCCCAAAGACCUAGGUGGUCGCAAGGAUGUUUUCUUCAAUGUCAUCUGCAAAGUAUGCCCAGCAGGGUCCUCAGGACGAUGCGUGCGCUGUGGCGACAGUGUACAAUUUGAACCACGCCAAGUGGGCCUGACAGAAAGUCGCGUGCAAGUCUCCAACCUCUUGGCUCGUGUGCAGUACACCUUUGAGAUCCAGGCUGUCAACUUGGUGACUGAAUUUAGUUCAGAAGCACCCCACUACGCCACCAUCAAUGUUAGCACCAGCCAGUCAGUCCCCUCUGCUGUCCCUAUGAUGCAUCAGGUGAGUCGUACUACCAGUAGCAUUACACUGUCAUGGCCUCAGCCAGACCAGCCCAAUGGGAUCAUCUUGGAUUACCAGCUACGCUACUUCGACAAGGCAGAAGAUGAGGAUAAUUCAUUCACCUUCACUAGCGAAACCAACAUGGCCACCAUAUCAAAUCUGAGUCCAGGCAAGAUCUAUGCCUUCCAAGUACGAGCUAGAACAGCAGUGGGCUAUGGCCCAUACAGUGGAAAGAUGUAUUUCCAGACUUUAAUGCGAGGGGAGCGCUCCGAGAUGGUGCAGGACCGACUGCCGCUUAUCGUGGGCUCAGCACUUGGUGGUCUAGCCUUCUUGGUAAUUGCUGCCAUUGCCAUCCUUGCCAUCAUCUUCAAGAGUAAAAGGCGAGAGACUCCAUACACAGACCGUCUGCAGCAGUAUAUCAGUGCACGAGGACUAGGAGCCAAGUAUUACAUUGAUCCUUCAACCUAUGAAGAUCCAAAUGAAGCUAUUCUAGAAUUUGCCAAGGAGAUUGAUGUGUCCCUCAUCAAGAUUGAGGAGGUCAUUGGAUCAGGAGAGUUUGGAGAGGUGUGCUUUGGGCGCCUAAAACACCCAGGGAAGCGUGAAUACACAGUAGCUAUUAAGACCCUGAAGUCAGGUUAUACAGAUGAACAGCGGCGGGAGUUCCUGAGCGAGGCCAGCAUUAUGGGGCAAUUUGAGCAUCCCAAUGUCAUCCAUCUGGAGGGUGUGGUCACCAAGAGCCGACCAGUCAUGAUUGUCACAGAGUUCAUGGAGAAUGGAUCACUGGAUUCCUUCCUCAGGCAGAAGGAGGGACAGUUCAGUGUGUUACAGCUGGUGGGAAUGCUACGGGGGAUUGCAGCUGGCAUGCGCUACCUUUCAGACAUGAACUACGUGCAUCGUGACCUGGCAGCACGUAACAUCUUAGUCAACAGUAAUCUUGUGUGCAAGGUGUCAGACUUUGGUUUGUCCCGUUUUCUGGAGGAUGAUGCUUCAAAUCCUACCUAUACUGGAGCUCUGGGCUGCAAAAUCCCCAUCCGUUGGACUGCCCCUGAAGCUGUCCAGUAUCGCAAGUUCACUUCCUCUAGUGAUGUCUGGAGCUAUGGCAUUGUCAUGUGGGAGGUGAUGUCCUAUGGUGAGAGGCCUUACUGGGACAUGUCCAAUCAGGAUGUAAUUAAUGCCAUUGACGAAGACUAUCGCCUGCCACCACCCCCGGACUGCCCAACUGUUUUGCACCUGCUGAUGCUUGACUGCUGGCAGAAGGAGCGGGGCCAGAGACCCAAAUUUGAGCAAAUAGUCAGUGCCCUAGAUAAACUCAUCCGCAAGCCAUCUGCCCUCAAAGCCACUGGCACUGGGAGCAGCAGACCAUCUCAGCCUCUCCUGAGCAACUCUCCUCCAGAUUUCCCUUCGCUCAGCAAUGCCCAUGAGUGGUUGGAUGCUAUCAAGAUGGGCUGUUACAAGGAGAAUUUUGACCAGGCUGGUCUGAUUACAUUUGAUGUCAUAUCACACAUGACUCUGGAAGAUAUCCAGCGUAUUGGCAUCACUCUCGUUGGCCACCAGAAAAAGAUUCUGAACAGCAUCCAGCUCAUGCGAGUCCACUUGAAUCAGCGUGAAACAGUUGAAGUGUGAUGUUUACACCAUCCUUAUUCCACUAGUCUCAAGCUCUGGAAAGGUGCUGGGGAAUUCAGAGGGGUUUUCACUGUAAGAAAAAAGAGAUGUCAGUAUGCUGCUUAAAGACUUGAUGGACACAGAGAGUGCACACUACGUAUCCAUGCAAAAACAAACCCUUGCCAUGAUUCAAAAGCAGAGCUAAAUAACUGGUGGCGUAUACAUGUGGCUUACAUCAUAUACUGGGAGUGGGUUAAGGGAAGGAAAGUUGUAACAACAUGGAGAGGAGAUGGAAUAAUAUGGACAGAUCAUGAGCACCUGUUGCCUCUUCUCUGCCAGCAAAAGAUAUCAGACAAUUUUACAAAGCCAUCAGCAGGCUUUUGCUGUAGCUGGGAUUCUAGCAAAGCGACAAAGACAUAAUGAAGGCAACAAAAAAACCCACCUUUUUUUACCAAAAGAAUGCCAUAAUGGUGUGAGAGAUCAUUACUCGGAUAGAGAUGAGCAUCGAGCUAUCACUUGGCAUGCCAGCUUGCUCCGGAACUCAUGUUCUAAUUAAUGCACAGUAUGUGGUAAGCAAUAAGAUUUGUAAGCUGGUAAAGAGGUUGAGAGUAAAGGCCUCAAAAUUCUGUGUCAUUUUGUGUGCAGUUCUUGGGCAUGCUCCAUGAUCCAGGAGGGAUACUUACUAAUCCUUUGUGCUGAUGCAAGGAGCAGCAAGUUCGUGGUGCUAUGCAACUGUAGUUAUGGGACUCCAACAAUAAAGAUUCCUAGAAUCCAUCCUGCUGAAUCUGCAAGUAGAAAGGGAAACAAAAAGAUUCUGGUCCUCACAAGCCUGUUCUUGAGAGGAAAUUCUGAUAUUCUGAAAUCCCAAGCAGACAGCAUUUGGGGUUUGUUUUCUUCUGACCCCUUACAGACAUUGAAGAGUGUGUCAAAAAAUCUGAUUUCCUUUGCUAUUGAAAAAUACUUGCUCUUUUUCUCAUCUUAGCCAGCAACAUCAGUGGGCACAGCUGGUUGAAUAUUGUUUCUGAAGAAAAUGCAGACCUGCAGCUGUCAACACCAAACAGACAUUUGGAAUAAGGGAAGUGAAUCUCUCACAAAUUCUUGUCGAGUCAUCAAGGAAGUCCCACAAGUCACUUCAGUCCUUAAAAAGGAAUAACAAUGUCACUGGGAUCAGCUAUGUAGUCUGAUAAGAGGUGCUUGAGAGGGACCAGAAUGACAGAGCUCUGUCUCUCUUCAGACAGACUAGUGUCUGCUUAAGGAAAGAUCUACUUUGAGGAGGAGCAGAGUUUUAGGACUGUGUCUCUCCAUCUGUCCUCAUGGAGGAGUAUGAAAACAUAAAGCUUGAGCUUGAGAGGAAAACUAGUAGAUUAUACACUUGUCUGCCUCACCAACGCAUAGAGAGGGAAAUGGAAAUGAGUAUGUUAAGCAAGACCCCAAUGAAGACAUUACAUAAAGAUACUUUCAUUGUGUCUGAAGAGGAAAUAACCUUAGCGGUUCUGAUCUGCGCCCAUCUGUUGGCUCACUGUGAACUAGUCAUGAACUUAUUGUAUUUUUCCAUCUGUCAAGGUUACAAAAGCCUUGUAACUUUAACUCCCAGUCAAGCUAGCAGUUGAAGUCUGAGAAGCCACUUUUAAUAGUUAUUGGAGAAUCCCAUAAUAUGAUGGGAAGAUCACCGGAGCAGUUGCAGUAAAAUAGUCAACACAGUUCAGACUCUUAUCACACCCUUGGAGCAACGUUAUUGUUAAUUCUUUUUACUUGAAAUGGGAGAAUAACAGUGCAUUCUUUCAGGUACAAAAAAGUCAAUAUAAAAAUACAAGGAAACAAGAAUAAAAUAUUCACAGCAAUAAAAUGAGAGUGUGUAGAUUCUAAAGAAGUAAAACACAUCAAACAAGAGUGAGUCCUAUCCUGGAAAAUUUGAGUCUUUUGCUUUUUAAGAGAUUUCUACAAACUUAGAAUACUCACAUACCCAGUUACAUGGUUUCAUGUUGACUGUCAGCUCCGCCUACAGCUUCUGAGACUUGAACAGGUGGUGUCCUCUCCAGAGAGCAUAUUAAGCAUGAUAUGUUAAGAGGAAUCAGAGGUCUCUAGCACCUUCCACAUGUAUUCACCAGAAGACAACAAUGCAUGUAUGCAUAUUCAUAUGAGUAUAUUCUAGAAGUUCUGCGGGCCAUUUGGGGAAACACAGCAAGGCUAUGCUUUUUGCAUUCCUUGGGUGGUCAAUAUUAGUGGAGAAAUCAGUGACCUAGUUCAAGUCCUAUGAUCUCUUUUUAGCCUAGUGGAAACAUAUGCAGAAAAUACAUUCUCUGUCUUCACGCAGUGGGAGACAAAAUAGGUGCCUUGUCCAAAUCUCACGUCAGUGACAAGGAGGUUUAAUAGCCCUUUAUGGGGAGCUGCAGUGAAAUGUACUGCUUGGUGGUAGUUCAGGCAGCAGGACAUUUACUUUGAUUGCAUAUGAAGCCUAUGGUGAAGUUGUUAUGGUGAAGUUGUUCUGUCACAAUCAGAAGAAAGGGAUUUACUCCUUAUACUAAGGCAGGCAAGUGGUGAUUGGACAUCAUAUGUGCUGUUCUUCCUGUUCUAAGGCAAGGUUGAAAACUAUCCCUGUGAUAGUGCCAAGAUGUCCCGAUUGUGGCUAGAACUGCACAGUGCCUUGGGGUCACAGAUGGAGUGCAAAAAGGCAACUGUCUUCUGUAAGAAAUCUGCCCAUUCUCUUUGUUUCCAGGGUGUUCCCUAUUUUCAGAGUACUUAACUUCUUUCACAAUUUGGGAUGCAAAGUGUCACAAUGCGUCUUGUGUUACUUGUCAGUGUGUUGGUCCCUCAGCUCUGCAAGCAUGGAUGAGAGGCAGUCAUGGCAAAAGCAUUGAAAAUACCCUGCUCUCACUUUUCUCAAUCUUACGUGAAAGUAGAAAUCCUAUGUUCUGUUUCCAUAAAUAUCAUCUGGGAUAUCCCACAGUGUAUGAGCACCCUCAACAGGUAGGGAUAGGAAUCAGGGGGGAAAGAAGUGGGGCUCCCCUAGGCACCUGAUAUUCCUUCACAAGAAGAGUGAGAAACAAUGCAAAAAAAGUUUUACAGAGCCAUAUUCUUUGCCAGAGAAGCAAUGGAAGAUUAAGGAGCUUAUGUCCACAUUUACUCAACGUGAUAUCUAUAAUAUGCAAUAUAUAAGAAGACUGAGUAAAUUAAAUUCAUAGGUAUCAAUGCACAGACCUUCAUGAGGGCAUUAGGCAUUUGUGUGAAAACUCAGAAAUUGGAAAUAAUAUAUUGCACACUAAUAGCUCUUCUGCUUGAAGACCAACUUUUCAGUAUUUGGAAACAGGGAGGAACUUCACUUUAAGGCAAGUUGUUUUGUAAUUAUUACUAAUGAGGUUCCUGGCACAUGCCUUUUUGUUAUCUCUUGCUGAACAGUCUCCUGGACAGACAAUUGAGUCUGCACCAGCAUGUCAGUUAUGAUGCUGCCAAAAAGUACACCAGGCAAGCAUGUUCACACCUAUGCUGCUUCAGCAGCCAAGUGGAACUCUCAGCCAGGAGCUGCAUGUCUGUGCACACGCUGUCAAAAGCAGAUCCUGCUCACCCAGAGUAAUCAAAGACAAGCAUGUAAGCUAAGAUUUUUGCACGUAGGCCUGGAAUGAGGUUGAGGAAACAAUGACAGUAUGACCUACACAGUGAUUUUUGUUUGGCAUGCAAGCACGCUCAGUGCACGUGCAGAUGAUAUGGCUUACAGUCCCUAUUUUUUGUUUCGCUUGUUUUUUAAAAUUCAAGGAUCCUUUGGCAGCACUAUAUGAGGGAUAGUUGCGGGAGCACAAGCUGCCUAAUGCUACUGAAGGAGAGCUGCUGUAACAUACUUAGUCCUAGACAAUUCACGUGCUAUUAAGCUGAAUGAAGCCUCUAAGUAUGGUAGGAAAUGAUGAGCAAUAUCAAGGAACUUAUCUUUAAUAAGCAAUAGAAGGUAGAGCUGCUUCUUGGUCAGGGAUUCCAGCUAAUGAAUCAACCUAGGGGCUAGUCUAAGAGAAGGUAACCAGCUUGAAUCUAUCCUGCCUUUGGCAUGCUUUCUCAGCAGUCAACUACACACUUCCUAUGCAUACAGAUGCAGCUAAACAAUAGACUUUGGUUCAGGACAAAACUGAUUCUUUUUCUUCCCUGAAACAAGCUGAUGCUACAGGUAGCAAUGCCGUGGGCAAUUCACAUGUAUCCAUGCCAGCAACUAUUCAUGAGUAUCAAGCAUCCUAAGGAUGUAGUUCACAUGUAAAUUUGAAUUUCUAGAUGUUAAAAGACAGCAUGGAAAAGCAAUCCCCAUGUCCUACAAAAAGCUAGUCUGAUCCUGCACUUUUCAAAACUAUAUGGGAAAAACGGCAGCUGCCUCAGAAUUUAUGUUUUGUUGUGGCAUUCAAGAUCAUCAUUGUCUCUAUAUGAAGCUGUUCGACUUCUCUGUGACUGAAAGUGCUGCAUUGACCUAAUGAGAAAUCACUGUGUGUUCUGGAGUUUGCCGGUUUGUAACAUGGAUCUGUUCAAAGACCAUCUGUUCUUUGUAGUGUUCUGCUAUCUGAAACAGAAGAGUAGGCUUAAUUGCCCUCAAAAACCUAUUGUAGCUUAUGUAUCUUAUUACUCUUGUCUGGGUGAUAAGAAAACUCUCUUCCUCAAAUAAUCUCCCUUGAAACAUGAAGAUAUAUCAAGAUUUUUUUUCUAGUUUCUUCCAUGACCUCUGUUCUUUGAACAGACAGAGUAACGUGGCCUUUCAGUCAGCUGCUGUAGGAGCAGCUCACAAGUGUAAGUUCAGUGGGUUGGCAUCUAUGCCUGAACUAGUUCAUAGAAUUUGGUCUGUUAUUUAUGUCUGUUAUACAAGACCAAGCAUGCUUAGCUAGCAGCAGUAAUGCUGUUUCCUUCUCAAAACUAAUCCCUUAAAUUCAGUCCAUGCUAAGUAAGGUUGGAUUUUUUUCCAGUUUACAGUGGCACUAGAAUUAAGAAUUAGUGCCACUAGUUAAAACUAAGAAUUUGAGUUACAUCUACGCAACUCUCUCUCUCUCAUUGCAUUUUGGUAAUUUUUUUUACAAACCUACUGCUGUCUAUGCAUUUGGACAGCUGUAGCAGAUUGAUCAUUUAUAAACAAUUCUGUUGCUGUGAACAGGCAUUACUCCUCUUUGAACCAUGUUGACUCUGCUAUUGAACAGGUAAUUAAAAAUAAGAAAAUCAGGUUUAUUCAGAGAAGUCAGCUACUUUGACAGAUAUGAGUGAAAAGGCACUGUCUGAAAUAAGCUGUCUAAGAAUAGAUCUAUCAGUGCUGCUCUUUUAAGAAGGUCAGUAAUUUAAAGUACUCUAAUGUCUCUACUAUAAAUCAAGUUGCAAAACUGUUGCAAUUUUAACCUGGCAUCUCUGCAGACUUAUAACAAGAACAAACUAACAACAACAAUAAUAACAAUGAUCAUGGUAAACAAAUUUGGGUUUCCCCAAUGAAGAAACCUACAACAAGAAAAGCAGGUGUCCAAUAGCUGGGUUGCUUGCGAUUUGUACUGAGAAGCAAUGUACUCUUUUGACAGGUGAAAUAUUACAAACUGAAAGAUCAGUCUAUUGCACCUACCAAUUAGGAAACCAAAUGUGAGCUUAGGGACAUACUAGGAUAAUGUGAAUAGCUGCUUAACUGUGUCCACAGAGAACUUAGUGAGAAUGUAAUGUUUAUUGUUAGGACUGAUAGACUGGUUUUAUUCAAAUUUAGGAUGCUUUUUAGCCCUCUUUAGGAAACAGAACUAGGUUAUUAACACUGAGGAUCUUAGGUUGAGUAGCUUCACACAAAUAUAUAUCAUAGAAUCAAUGAACUAUUCUUGAGACUUAUUUUAUCCAGCCACAGUCAGAAUGUAGCAGAAUUUCAGUACCACAGUCCUAGGUGUGGUCCAUUUUCUUGUGGCUGUGACAUGAUGCCUCCCCUGCAGAAAGGAAUUUGCUCUUCUUUUUGUGUGAGAGAAAUAAUAUCCACUUUUAGUCUUUGUUUGACAAGGUCAAACAAUGUGAGGCAGUUUUCAUGCCACCUCUGUAUCAUCCCAAGAUACUUAGGUUGGAUAUAGGAAUUGUUUAAAUUACUGAAAUUCAAGAGUGGGAGUGAAUGGAAAGAACUAGAUGAUACUCAAGAUCAAGCAUGAAGAGGCGUUUUCUGACAGCGAUGGUUUAUGGGGUUGUGACUAUGUUGAGACUUUUACUUAGGACUCCUGCAAGAUGUAUUCCUCACUUAAUGAUGCUUGUUCCUCACUUUGUGAUGAACUGUAGAUAAAAUUUCUCUGCUUGAGGUAUGGGAGUAGGUCCUAAUAUAAUAUAACAAGGUCUUUAAAACUCUGGUUCUAUCUUUUCCCUUGUUCUUGUCCUACUCCACGUCAGAUCCCAACAAUCCCAUCCUGCAUUAUGUGGUUUGUUUCACUGGUUCUGACUUCUUAGAACAGGAUGGUCCUUCCUGAUGAGUAUACACAUGUGAAUUUACUUUGUUUAGUUGUCUACUCUAACAGAAUUCACCUGAGAUUCCAUCUGUCCCGUAGAUAGUAUUUCUGGACAUAGAUUGCAGAACAAGGACAUCAUGGAAGCUUCCUCUCCAGCAUGACAGUAGCAGCAACAACCUGCAGUAAGUAAUUGCAGGCAUUGAGGGAUACAGGAAGAGUGGAAACAGUAUUUUCAUAGUUGCCAUGAGACCAAUGUAGCAAAGAUAAAAUCCACACUUCUGAUCACCUUUGAGGUAAUGAAACACUUACAUGUAGUUCUCAUCUAGCCCUACUUUUGCUCAUAAGUUCUUCUCUCCAUAAGAAAAUCCAUAACUCUCCUCAACUGAACAUGCAUCACUUAUUUGUGUCCCAACUGUGCUGCUUGUAGGACUGCAAGCAGUCUGUCCCUUCCAACAAACUCUUCAUAAUUCACAACAGGGACUUACAUAGCUGAACAGUUUUCUCACCCGUGGUCUCCAAAGCUCAUCCAGCUCAUGAGCAACUCUCCAGUGAGUGUCAGCUGUCAUGGCAAUGAGCAGGUUGAGCAUGAGGAACAAUAACAGCAAAGGCUGAGUAAGUGAUGCCAUAUAUGAAGGGUAGGUCUACUUUGUAGCUGAUGUAGCUAUCAGUGAUGGUGAGGAAGAUCUCGAAGGUGCUAAAAGUGCCAUUGAGUGGUUGUGGAGGUUGCCCAGCCCAUUGGGAUCUUGGGUCUGGAAGGUGAUAUGAAAAAUUGACAGGGAAAAGAUAGGAGGAAAAAGAAGAGGAAAGGGGAAAAAAAAACCCAACAAGACAACUAUAACAGCCUUGGCCAGCAUAAUCUGAUUAUCUCUCUAAGCUAAACCAUCAGAUUUUAGCCCAAACAAUAGGACAAGACAGCCAGAUCUCCUGUGCAUGUCUAUGUAUGAGUUCAUUAUUUAUAACUACGUCAGUUAGCUCUUCCUAUGGACUUCAAGGAUCCUGAUUUCAGUGUCUGAUGGGCCAAUAUUCUGUCCUCAUCUCCUGAGUUAUCCAAGCAGGUUGGAAUGAAAGAAAUAUAAUGGUUACAUCAUACAGACAUAGUAUCACAAGACAAACACAACGUUUGGCUAUGCUGUAUUCAAUCAUACACUUUGGAACUUUCUAGGGAACACGUCUAUAACAACGGUGAAUUGAUAUUGUUUUUGAAGAGAAAUAUAUAUUCUCUGACUGUGGAUACUGGAAUUUUUUAGAAGUUGGAUCAGAUUCCAGCAGACCACUUCUCUUCCUCUGAAUUAAUAUCCUGAAUUUAGACCCUCUGAACAAGCCUCUUCUUUAGUGAGACCUAAAGGUUCAAAAUGGCUGAAAGUGCAGCAAACCUGUCAUGAACAGGGCUAAAUAUAUUCCACAACCUCCCUGGUCAACAUGAUCUGGUGCUUAACCACCCUCAUACUAUAGGGGUGUUUUCUGACAUACAGACAGAACCUCUCGUGUUUCAUUUUGUGCUGAUUGCUUCUUGCCCUGUCACUGGGCAUCACUGAAAAGAGUUUGCCUCUGCCUUCUUUAAACCCUCCUUUCAGGUUUUUGUACAUGUUGAACAGCUUCAGCUCUCUCAGGCUGGCUUCAUAGGAGAGAAGCUCCAGUGCCUUAAUCUUCUAGUGGCCUUUUGUUGGACUCUAUGCAGCAUCACUCAUGUAAUGAGGAGCCCAGACCUGGACUCAUGACUCCAACUGUGGCCUCACCGGAGCUGAGUAGAGAGAAAGGAUCACCUCCCUCAGUCCUCUGGCAACACUCCUCCUAAUGCAGCCCAGGACACAAUUAGCUUUCUUCGUAGCAAGGACACGUUGCUGGGUCCUAGUCCAGUUGGUGUCUACCAGGGCCCCCAGGACGACUUCUGCAAAGCCACACAGGCCCAGGGAUGAUUUACACCAAGGUUGUUUUCAGGCUUUCACUCAGAAAUGAAAGAAGCAAUUUCCCAUUGGUUUUAGGGACAGGAGAGAAAGAACUGUUCAUAUAAUGAAAUACAAGCAGAAGCAUUACAAAGAAAAGACUUGAUUAUUUACAAACAUCAGAAAGGACAAGCAAAAAGGGAAAGGAAUAGAUUAUAAUUUUCUUGACUCCUGUUUAUAAUCAUAGCUCCUAGUGAUGAUCUCUGUUAACAGGGCAAAACAGAACCUGUGUGUAUCUACCUUCUUAGCGUUCAUGUAAGAGAAAUCUAUCAUACACAGAGAAGUAGUACGAGGUCUAUAUCCCACUUCAGUCUUAUUUUAUAGUGUGAGUAGGAUGCAAAGGAGUUUAUCAGUCUCAUAAUGUCUCUAUUUACAAAGACUAUGUGGAGACAUAUACUUGCAUAACUGCCCCUCUUUUGGAAGCUUCUAUGCUUACUCAGUCUGAAAUUAGCUAAUGGCCUAGGAGGAGUUUUAGAGGAGAAUAUUGAAAACUCAGUGGAAUGGAAAGAUCUAUGAUCUUCAGUAGGAGCAGAUUUUAAUGUUAUCAGUGUACAUGCAUAUAUAAGCACAAUGUACACAUAUACACGCGGCAGGGAUAUAAAAUACAGAUGUAUCACUAACAAAGAAUUGAAGGGUCAGUAUAAAAAGUAGUAGUAAAUUGCUCUCCUAAACUUAUUUGUUUACACUCAUUGAUUGUGCCAUUGUCAGUUACUAAAUACAGGCCAGAUCAUUGCCUAACAUAAAUCAACUAAUUACAAUUAUUGCACUGCUCUAGUUUUUAUUAAACGACAAUUCAGGCCUGUAAAAUCUUAAGGAAAUAACCCAAAUUUAUAAAGGGAAUGAGAUAUGACAAGCAGGUUAUAGAAUUUGGAGAAAUGAUAAUAGAAAUUAAAUUUGGAGUUGAAAAUAGUUCUGGGUUUGCAUUCUUUUUCAUCUGUCUUGAAGAAAUUUUCAGCCAGAGAUAUUUUAUUAGUGAAAAACAGAGAGAUGCUUGGGAAAAUAUAGGAAUUUCAAAGAUUUCCAUGGGAAUAAGUAAUGAAUAUCCAUGGAACUAGGGAGAUGAAGUGCAUGUGUUCUUUACAUUUUCUUGAAAUUCUCAAUUCAAACUUAUUUGCAUGUUGGGAGUGAUUUACAGAAGACAUUCUGGAUUUUGUCCUGUGAGAAGGACCAGAGUAUCUGGCCUAGUUUCUCAUCUGUGAACUCUUUAGUUUGUUUUGACCCAAACCCAGAUAUUACAACUGUGAAAUGAAUUACUACUCAGAAUUAACAAUAUUUACUCUCAGUAUUUCUCAAAAUGGUUUAGUGCAAUAUUUAUUCCAUUUAUGCUCCUACUCAUACUGCUACAGCUCUGUAAUAGCUUUUAUGUGAGUAUCUCAAACACUUGGAAAUAUUACUUCACCAAAUUUUGCAGCAGCCUUUGUUUAUGGGUCUGAAAUAAUUCAGUAUAUUUUACAGAUGGAGAAACUGAGAAACAGAGAAAUAAAGAACCUUGUUUCAAAACAGGCAAAUAACGGUAGUUAGGUUUCCUGCGUAAACCACUACGAAUCCUUUUUUUUCAGUCUUUUUCUGAAAUAGAAGGAUGCAAUUCUCACACAAUGCACAGAAUUGCUAUGAAAUAUUUCUUUAAAAGUGACAUCCUCCCUGAAAAAUUCACUGAGUUAAAGGUAACAGCCUGAAGUUUAGGAAAAACAGCUCCUGAGGGCUACAUGAAUGAACAAAAGCUUUAGAUGCAUUCUCCUCUUAUUGAGUGUGUUUGGACAGGGAGUAGGCUCCUGCCCACAGCUGCCUAUAUUGCUCCCUCUGGCAUGUCUCUGUUUAGCAACAUCUGUGAGAAUGAGCUUCAGACAGGAAAAGUAUCAUCUGAAUCCAUACUGCUCCUUGCAGCACUGAAAAAUUUCUGCAGAGGUUAUCACUAAGUGACUCUGCUCAAUUAUUAAUCCAGAAAAAGCAAAUAGGAAUGAGAAAUGGAGAAAAGAGGUCAAGAACAGGAUAUAUUGCAAGGAUAGAAUUAACUUCUGGGUUUUUAUGUCAGCAUAUGUACACAAUUUGGGUACAUAAGUUUCUUAGAUCAGCAUAGGUACACAGUUUAUUUCUUGUAAUGAAAACAGAGUAUCCAGAGGUGUUAAGCAACUCAGGCAGGGAACAACAAAAUAGAACACCCUUGAGCAGGUCAUUUUCACUGGCUGUUUUUGGAUCCCGAGUGAAUUUCUAAUGUGGAUCUGGGUGAUUAUUGGACAAUUCUGAACCAUUUGGGUGUCCUGACACUGCCCUUUCAGGUCAGCCAUUUUACAUGCUUACAGUUUAGAUGCCGUUACUUCAUUGACGAGCUUCGGGGCUGCCUCCAUCAGAGCCAGAGUAGCAUCCACAUUGCCAUACAAGGCAGCCACAUGAAGAGGUGUCUCCCUUACUGAACACAGAGAGAUAAUAAUAAAUCAACCAUCUCAGUGCUGAAUCCCCACCAUUCAGCUGUUUCCACUCUCUCCUGGGAAAUUUAAUCUCUUCUACAGCUGCAGCCCUGUGCCUGUUAUGCAAACAUGCAGAACUAAAAGGUUUUGUUCUCAAGACUGUUUCAGCCAAGGCUAGUACAAGAAGGGGCACUACCUCUCUGAUGAGUAUAACAGGCUUUACAAGCAAGACAUUUCUGAAUAGCUUGCACAUCAUUAUCCUUUGAGGCCCGGAACGGGGGAGAUUCCCAGAUCCUGGAACAAUAAAAAUUGCCCAUUCAUAGUCUUGAAAUAAAGUGAUUAUAGGAAACAAGUUUUGCUGCAUCAGCAAAACAGACUUAGUUAGACAAUUUUGUUCUCAAGAUAAUAGACGCUUCUGAGAAUUGCAAGACACAUACAUGAAUGAACCACCUUUUAAACAUCAGACAUGCUGCAUAACCAGAAGAUCUAUGAGGCCCAACACAAAAAAAACCCCGAGACUGACCCUAUAGCUCGGGAACCAAGAAAGGGAGGGGAGGGUCAAAGAGAUAAUUAUAGAACAUGUUCUAACCUGGUACAGUGAGACAAGACUCAGCUCGAUCACUUCACUCAGUACAAGUGGACAUAUGUUCAAAUAUAGAACUUUUCUUUCCUCAGUUGGGAAAUGUCAAUGUGCGAGAGUGAAUAGUGAGUUAACUUAAAGUGUCUUGUGAAACUGAAGAAAUCCACAAUGGAAACUUUUCAGUUAGUGACAGAGACUUACAGUGAAGAGAUCCCAAAGAUCAAGUCAGCGCUUCAAGGAACAUAUUUUUUGUUGUUUGAAGAUAUGAAACAAAAAUUGACAGACAUCCUCAAAGGCCUUUCAGAAAAUGUUCUGUGGAAUGGCUUUGGAUGUUGGCAGCAUCAUAUGCAGCUGUGUCUCAGCUCAGAAGGGAACCAUUUUGAAGAUUGUGUUUUACUUUCUUAAUUUGUUAAAUAAAGAGUGUUACAGGCACAGUCUUUUUUUGUGUGUGUAUGUGUGUGCACCGCACCUUGUGUAAUUCACCUUUUAAAAGACUACAGAACUGAUGAAAAUGUCACAAAGGAAAUAAAUUGACUCAGGUGGUAAUUUAGCAUUCUAGGAUAAUUGCACAAUUACUGUGCUUGACCAACUUUUGUACAAGGUGUCAAAUUACCUCCCAAUCCUACACUGCCAUGUCUCAGCAUUUUCUAGCAGGUGACAUCCGAGAUGCAUGCAGAACUUGCACAUAGUCUCUGCAUUAUUUCUGGAUUUCUGUUCCCAUUUCAAGUUCAUCAGCCAGUCUCAAGUACCCUGGGCCACUGAUUCUUGUUGUAAUACAAAACUCAGUAACUGAAUUCAUUCUUUCUGGAAAUACACUGGCAGAACACAAACUGUCGCUUUAACUCCCAGCCUUCUGCUGUAAUCAGAAAACUGAUAGAAAAAGAAUCCUAAUUAAAUAUUCAAACCUUUCAUCUUUCUCCAUCCCAGCAUGGGAGCGUCAGCUGAAUACAAAACCUAAUAAUCCCUCUGGAAAGUCUGGAAAUAAAGGUGUCAUUGUUAACAGAAAUAAAUAAUUUUUAAGAAAAAUAAAGAUCAGCAAGUCCAGAGUAAUCAUGUCUGUAGCUGAGAGCUAUAGGGCAUCUCUCUGUAUGUACCCAGCCACUUCAGUCUGCCAAAAUGGGAAAAAAAAAGAAGCUGUUUCUUCAUCAGCUUGUUAGCUUAAAGUAAAAUAAGCUGAUACCCUAAGGCAAUAUAAUAACAACAUGCAGCAUCAUGUUUUUCAUAAGGAGAGAAUAAAAACCACUCUGCCUGCUUUUAAAGAAGCAGGCCGUGUUAUGAAAAUGAGAAGUCAAGUCUCUAUUACUGACAAACCCACUUAAGGGGCAAGAUUCCCGGGCACAACUUCCCUGGGCAACUUGUUCCAGUGCCUCACCACCCUCAUCCUGGAGAAUGUCUAAGCUAAUGUCUAAUCUCCCUAAUGUUUAAUCUAAGUCUUCCUCCCUCCAAUUUAAAGCCAUUCCCUCUCAUCCUGUCACUACACGUCCUUGUUAAAAGUCCCUCCCCAGCUUUCCUGUUGCCCCUUCAGGUACGGGAAGGCUGCUAUAAGGUCUCCCCAGAGCCUUUUCUUCUCCAGGCUGUACAACCCCAACUCUCUCAGCCUGUCCUUUUAGCAGAGGUGUUCCAGCCCUCUAUUCGUCUUCAUGGCCUC